AUGCUGUCGCGACUGAUCGUGGCUGCUUCAUUGGCAGUAGGCAUAUUGGCCGCUAUACCAUCGCAGCCCACUUAUCUCACUUAUACAAGCAACACAACCUCGAACAAUAUCACGUAUGUCAAGAACAGUGGCCAAUGCGAGACGACGCCAGGCGUGAAUAGCUACUCUGGCUACGUCAACAUUGGCUCAUUUCGGUACUUCUUCUGGUUCUUCGAAGCCAGGAAGAACGCAGCGACUGCUCCCUUUGCAACUUGGGUCAACGGUGGACCUGGUUGUAGCUCCCUGAUCGGCCUGUUUCAAGAGAACGGACCAUGCACGGUCAAUGCGCAAGGCAAGACCGAGCUCAAUCCUUACUCGUGGUCCAACACGGUCAACAUGAUCUAUAUCGAUCAGCCUGCUCAGACUGGCUUCAGCACCGGUCCGACCACAGUCAACAGCACCAACGCGACUGCUCAGCCUAUCUGGGAGUUCUUUCAGCUCUUUUUUGAGAGCGGCGAAUUCGGCAAAUAUUCGAGCAGACAGUUUGCGCUAUCCUCAGAAUCCUACGGUGGUCACUACAUACCCGCUUGGGCAACCUACUUUGCCCAGCAGAACGCACUCAUCAAGUCUGGCAAGCUCAAAGGAACGACGAUCCAUCUGGAGACGAUCCUGAUCAACAAUGCUUGGAUUGAUCCUUACUACGCAUAUGAGAGCUACAUCGAGUAUGCCUACUACGGCGCCAAACGGUUCAUCAACUCGACUACGCUCCAGCAGCAGCGAAAAGCGUACUAUGCACCCGGCGGCUGCGGUCCGCAAAUCCAGCAGUGCUACAAGACGCGCACAAACAAAGAUUGCAGCGAUGCUGAUGAUUACUGUGCCGAGAACGUCGAGUCGAUCAUACCCUCGAGCGUCGAUCUCAACUAUGUUCUAGCGCCCGCCAACGAUCCUUUCCCUUCACAGUCCUUCAUCAGGUAUCUCAAUACGGCAUCCGUACAAAGGGCAAUCGGCGUCACACCCCACACGAGCUAUACUUUCUGCUCAGAUGCAGCAGGCGCGCCCUUUGGACCAACGGGCGACGAUGCGCGCUCGUUUGCACCUCAGCUCAAAGCACUCAUUUUGUCCGGAAUGCGCAUCACACUUUGGGCAGGCCUAGUCGACGCCAAUUGCAAUGGCAUCGGUAUGCUCAACAGUGUCCUGGCAAUGAACAUCACCGGGUUUGCAGCUGCACCGUAUGAGAACCUCACUUACGCCUCCAAUGGAACCGUCUACGGACAGGUCAGAGAGGUCGGCAAUUUCAGCAUGGCAUUCAUCGCAGGAGCAGGCCACGAAGUAUCGGCUUAUCGCCCCCAGGCAGCACUAGAAGUAUUUCAAAAGACAAUGGCGGGCAAGGCACUUGCAUAG